AGAUUUUUUUAUUCUCAUAGAUAAGUGUUUGAAUUUUGAAAAUUUCGCGCGCGUUUGUAUGCAAAUGAGACAGACGAGGAGCAACUGGAAGGAGUUAACCUUGUAAAUUUAAUUUUAUUCAACAAAAUUACGAUGGUUCUAGGCGUUUUCGGCGGAGCCGGCAGACAAGUGAUCUCAAACGUGGUCAAAAGGUCGGUUUCUACCCUUGCCAGAAGCAUGGAACAGCACGGAGUUGUCCCAGACGUCAUCGACGUGGCUCCCACUGAAGUUGCUCAGGUAUCAUACGACAGUGGUGUAACAGUCAACGAGGGCAAUGAACUCACUCCUACCCAGGUCAAGAACAUCCCUACCGUCAAUUGGAAUGCUGAGAAGGGUGCCCUGUACACUGUCUGCAUGACUGAUCCUGAUGCACCCAGCCGUGCUGAGCCAAAGUUCCGUGAGUGGCACCACUGGCUGGUCGGGAAUGUCCCCGAAACCAAAAUUGCCGAGGGCGAGACCCUCUCCGAGUAUGUUGGCUCUGGACCUCCGCAAGGAACUGGCUUGCACAGAUAUGUUUUCCUUAUCUUCAAACAGUCUGGCAGUUUGACCUUUGAUGAGCCUCGCCUGACCAACCGCUCUGGCGACAACCGUGGUAAGUUCUCCAUCCGCAACUUUGCCAAAAAGUACAACCUGGGCAACCCUGUGGCUGGAAACUUCUACCAGGCCCAGUGGGACGAUUACGUCCCCAAGCUCUAUGAGCAGCUCAGUGGCAAAUAAGCCCAAAACGUCAAGUACAAUUAAUGAAUUAAUUGAAAGAAAAGAGGCAGCACUUCCCAGAUUCCUAUUGUAGGUUUUUAUAGCUUUUAGAUAAAUUGCCUCUUUAAAAAUGCACUAUAUGAUGUAAAAAAAUCUGGACGAAAUCCUAUUAUUUUUGCUCUUAGAUGAAAUUAUUCCGGAUUUGCCAUUAUAAAUAAAUAAAUAUAAAAAGGUUAUUUUUCAAUUCCUUACAA